AAGUGCACUGGUGUCCGUGUCUUCAUCAGCUGCCAUCUACAGUGUCCAGCGUGCAGAGGACUUCUCCCUGUCUGACAUCUGAGGGCGAAAGACAAUGCAAGGAGCCAAGGCCAACUGCAGGCGCUCCUAACUGACUAGGGCAUGGCUGCCAUGGGAGCCGUGGAGACAGGGAUCUUACUUAGUGACAGAUCCAAGUCACAAAGAGCACCUCACUUCUGGAGAAGUCUUCAUACCCUCACCCCUUAUUCAACACCUAAGGCCCUGGCUCUGCCCUGCCCACCACCAGAGGUACCAGGGCCAUGUGCCUGGGGUGGCCUUCUCCUUCGGCUCCCCCUACGGCACCACCACCCUCAAGUACUUCCAGGACCACCGCAGCGCAGCCAUGGGGCAGAGACACGUGGGGCUCAGCAGCGGCAGCUCCUUCCCCACCAUCUUCUCUGCCAACCCGGACCUGGUGCUAACGGAUCGCUCCCAGUUCCGGGACCGCUGGCUGCACAUGCCCAGCUACACUCGCUUCAACCUGGACAGCCACCGCUCCGCCGAGCUGGCCUCCUUCUACCAGAAGGCUCAGCAGCAUCGGAAUUACUACAGAGACAAGACCGGCUUGGUGCCCCGGGUCCCCUACUUCGUGCUGCCUGUGAGGGAGAGGGAACGGUACCCCAUCCCCACCGACCUGCCUGCUCUGAGCCCAAAGGAGAAAUGGCAUCUUUUAAGACUUUCCCCUGAGAACGUGAAGACCUAUCAAACCUUCCCAUCAGGGAAGAAGGUGUCCUCACAAGAGAGACAGAGGAGGGACUGCUACUUCGAGUUCAGAGCUUGAGACCAGGUAGCUGAUGCCUGGGAGCUUUGCCCCUGACCAGAUGGCUCGCGUGGAAUAAAAUCUUUGGCCAUCACA